UCGUCUCUCUCUCGCUCUCGGAAAGCUCAAUUGGACAGAAGCCGAUCGAACGAGUCAACGCAGCUGCUGCUGCAGCGGUGGCCGGAGCAUCGCGAUUUUGGCAUUUUAGGGUUGACGAGAGGCCCUCGCCCACGCGCUCGACUCGACGGGAAUUUUGCGCACUGUCUUGGUUCGGUUGUUGCAGGAAGUUAGAGCGAUUCAUCGUGGUUCUGUUGGACAGGUUGCCGAACGGAAUUGCCUAGGGUUUAGGUGGGCGGACGAGGCAGCGAUUUGCGGAAGCUGUUCGGAUUUGGGGUUUCAUCGGGAGCUGGAUCGCAUGCUUCUGGAGGCGGCGAGCGGGUUCGAGUGAAAUAUCUCAUCGAAUUGGCGUCGGAGGUCGGAGGGUACCUCGGGUGAGGAAGGCUAGUUAUGGAGGCUCUAAAGAAGGCGACGGGUUAUACGUAUUGGGUUCGGCAGGAUACGCAGCAGGCUGCACCGGCGCCCGUGCAUAGAAGGCUAUCGGCGACUGAUAUUGCAGAACAAAAUACUGCUCAGGCUCCCCCGCUCGGAUCCGUUUGGAAUCAGGCUGGCACUUGGGAAGAGAAAAGUCUUAACUCAUGGGCGUUAGCAAGGGUGAAGGAGCUGCUUCUAAGUGCGGAUACUGUGUCGUUCCCACAAGGCACGGCCAGGGUGAUAGAGGUUUCGAGCUGUACUGGAGAUGCAACACUCGUUACUGUGAGGAAGAAGAAGCGAGUGGGGUACUCUUUCGAAAUUACCAUCAAAUUUAAUGGAGAGAUAACCAGCUCUGGAGAACCCAAGAAUUUGGAGGGUUCCGUGAAAUUAUUGGAGGCUGCUUACGGAGAACUUGAUGAUUUGCAGGUUGAGGUCACACUGAAGGACAGGACAGUGCCAGCGAACGAAAAGAGCAGAGUUUCAGAUGCCAUCGGCAAGUCAUUUUUACCAGUACUGCGACAGCAAUUGGCGCUGUUUGAAGCGGAACUUGAAGAGAGAUAAUUUCGGACAUAGAAGCAGUAGUUGUAGCCAGAUUUAAUUGCCAUCUUGGAGUCUCAUGAUCUCAUAACAAUCACUACCUAAGCAAUCCAUCUCCUGAUGGACGAUCUACAGAAUCUUAUUACGACCGACCUACUGUUCGUAGGUGAACGCUUAGAAAAUUGUGUUUUAGUGGAAGGUUGUGUACAGUACGUCUUUCAGCACACAUGAAGCUGAAGAGGACGUAUUGAUUUAUUCCUGGGCACGUAUUGUAGUAGUGACGAUAUUUGGACAUCGUGAAGUGGGCAGGUCAAGACAUUUACUCAACGAAGUAAAAUUCACGUGCUCGGAAUUGGUGUGCCCGAGCAGUCACUUUCAUAAACAGUUUGCUCUCUCACGUCUGAAGACUUAUUGUUGCCAG